AUGGCACAACCUGAGCUGCCGGAAGGCGUCUUCUCGUUCCUCGACACUGACCUGUACAAGCUGACGAUGCAGUGCGCGGUCUUCAAAUACUUUCCUACUGUCGACGUCGAGUACAAGUUCACAAACCGUACACCGCAGAUGCGACUGAGUAAGCAAGCGUUUGCCUGGUUAGAGGAGCAGAUUGCCAAGCUAGCAAACAUCAGGCUAUCACAGCAGGAAUUGGAGUUCCUGAGAAGACAAUGUACAUACCUGAGUUCGGACUACUUGGAUUACCUACAAGUGUUCCAACUUCGGCCUACUGAACAAGCUGAGGUGAAAUUCACACCUGUGGAUGACACGUACGGAGACCUUGACAUCACGGUGACCGGGUCCUGGGUCGAGACGAUAUUAUACGAAAUCCCUCUCCUCGCCUUGACCAGCGAAGCAUAUUUCAAGUUCGUGGACAAAGACUGGGACCAUGAAGGACAGGAAGAGAAUGCAUACCGAAAAGGUGUCCGGCUGUUGUCAGCUGGCUGCUUGGUCUCAGAGUUCGGAACUCGCAGAAGAAGAGAUUUCCAUGCUCAGGACCUUGUGAUCAGAGGUUUAGUGCGGGCGUCGAAGGAGAACGAUGUGCCGGGGAAAUUGACAGGGACAAGUAACGUCUACUUUGCCAUGAGGCACAAUAUACCUCCUGUUGGUACCGUGGCGCAUGAAUGGUACAUGGGUAUUGCUGCGCUCACCAAUGAUUAUGAACAUGCCAACGAACAAGGUCUACGAUAUUGGCUCGAUUGUUUUGGCAAAGGUGUACUGGGAAUCGCCUUGACCGACACCUUUGGCACCGACGAUUUUUUCAAAGCCUUUAGACAGCAGGUUCCUGCCAAAACAUCUGCCUCAAAAGACCCUACAAUGUCAUAUACAGACGAAAGCUCUCCGUCUGCCAACCAGGCCACGUAUGCCGAGGUAUUCGCAGGCAUCAGGCAAGAUUCUGGCGACCCGAAACAAUACGUCAAGCAGGCCAGCGAAUUUUACAAGAGCAUAGGCCUGAGUGGGAAGAACAUUGUGUUCUCGGAUGCUCUGAACGUCGACAAAUGCUUAGAAUAUAAAAAGGUGGCAGAAGAAAAUGGCUUCAAGCCGUCAUUCGGAGUCGGCACUUUCUUCACAAACGACUUCUCACUGAAGUCGGAUCCUCAGGUCAAGUCCAAACCUCUCAAUAUCGUCGUCAAAUUAUCGAAAGCAGGCGGAAGACCAGCAGUCAAGAUAUCAGACAACAUUGGUAAGAACACUGGUGACACCGCAACGGUACAGGAUGUCAAACGGCGGCUGGGGUACAUUGAGCAUGACUGGAAGGACGGAGACGAAGCAAAGAGAUGGUAA